AUGGCCAGCAAGCUACCACCCUUCUCCAAGAUAGGGUUUGGCACCUACCGGACUGGCCUCGAGGUCCCUGGCCAUGCAGCAGCUAUGCGAACCUGCCUCAUGGGCGGCAUCAACGUCAUCGACACCUCGACCAACUUCCUGGAUGGGGAUGCCGAGAGGCUCAUCACCGUGGUCAUGCAUACCAUGGCCGAGGAGGUCGAUGCCCUACCGCGCCCGCUCCUUCGACAGGACGUUGUCAUUGUGAGCAAGGCGGGCUACAUCCAAGGCAAGACCCUGCAUCGGUUCCAAAGCGGAGAGUUCAGGGUGCCCGAGAGUGACGUCAUCACCUACUCCACCGACUGUCUCCACUCCAUUCACCCCAACUUCAUCAGGGACCAAAUCGCCCAGUCGCUCGAGCGACUGGGGACCGACUACAUCGAUGUGUACCUUCUCCACAACCCCGAGUACUACCUGCUCAAGAACGUCACCACCGAGUCGCCCGAGGCCCAGGUGGCGCUCCACCGCCAGCGCAUGUUCGAGCGCAUCAAGUCGGCCUUUGAGGAGCUCGAGCACGAGGCCGGCCGCGGCCGGAUUCGCAGCUAUGGCAUCUCGAGCAACUCGUUCAGCCUCAAGGAGACCGAUCCGUUCUUCCUGCCCUACGAGGGGCUGCUCGAGCUGGCCGCCCAGGCCGCCCAGGCCGCGGGCAACAUGACCCACUCCUUCUCCACCGUACAGUUCCCGGCCAACAUCCUGGAGCAGGAGGGCCUGAAGGGCUGCGGCCAGUGGGCUCACGACCACGGGUUGCGAGUGCUGGUCAACCGCCCUCUUAACGCCUUCACGGCCCAGGGCAGCUUCAGGCUGGCUUCCUACGCGAGGCCCGAGGCUUACCAGCGGGUGCGGGACGAGGUGAUCGCGCACUUCAGCAGCCGCGGGGACACGUGGGCCAUCGUCAACCUCAUCCGUGAGCUCGACCAGAUGCAGACCGAGUUCGGCUCCACCUUCCACUACGAGCACGCACUCGCCCAGAACAUCAUUCCCGUCAUGAAGCAGACCAUCCGCGCGCUCUUCCUACAAGAAAGCGACACCACGCUGCUGCAGCAGUUCCUCGACGUGUACAAGGAGAUGGUGCGGCACCACUGCUCGAUGCGAACCGAGAAGUUCGUGGAGGAGCUCGGGAUCGGAUACCGGAGGCCCCGCCGCGCGGUGGAGGAGAAUGGCGGGGCAGCUGCUGCCGACGAGGUGGGCACCGGCGCCAGCAGAGAAUUGCGGCCGGCGGCGGUGUCGGAGAGCGACCAGGUGCCGCUGGAGGAGUUCUGCCUGGGGUGGCUCGUGCGGCAGCCGCAGGUGGACUGCGUGCUCAACGGCAUCACCCGGGAGAGCUACGCCCGCACCGCACUCUCUCUGCUUCGCCGCGUGUCGGAGGCUCAGCCGCCGUCGACGAGCACCAUCCCCACUCCCGUGCCCGGCACCGCCGUCAGCACCUGA